AUUAUUGAAGUUUGGGCUUGGAUUUAAAAGAAAAGCUCAAAUACGAGUAGGCUCGGGCCAGGAUUAAGCCGGCCGAAUACGAGUAGGCCCGGCCCAGUUGACAGUCUUCCUCCUAAACUCAUCGCACCGCCGCGGCCAUUUCCCUGCACAGGCCUCAGUUCUCCUCAGACGAUAAAACCUUAUUCACGGACAGGGCUGAGACUGAGAGUUUCUCUUCUCAUCGCGAAUCGAAAUGAAAGAGGAACAUUAGCUCCCCUCCUUCGAAGGCAUUCAUCAGGGAUCCAUCAAUGUCAAAGAUUGAGGAUAGCAUCCCGAAUCCAUUCACUGCCGAAAAGUAUUAAUCGUCAACUAUUGCAUUGAAGCUUAAGUUUUCUGUCUAGGGUUUAAACCAACAUGGAAACGAAUUCCUUGCUUUCCGUUUCCAGAAGCCCCGCCCUUGUGAGAUCACAUUGUGUGAAACCUACUUCAGGGCAUGGUGCAUUGAGUUACUUGCCAUGUCUGACUACCCCUAUUAGACAUAAGAAGAGAACAGCUCUUACUAUCAGAGCCACUUCAUCUGCUGAUGCGGGUAGUGCGUCAUCUUCUGAAUCAAAGAGUCUGCUCUCGCUGGUUCUGGAUGUUCCUCGGGCAAUCUGGAAGCAAACUUUAAAACCUUUGAGUGAUUUUGGUUUCGGUGGGAAAAGUGUGUGGGAGGGUGGAGUUGGCUUGUUCCUUAUUUCUGGGGCGUUUCUACUGGCCUUUAGCUUGGCCUGGUUGAGGGGGUUUCAAUUAAGAUCAAAGUUUAACAAGUAUUUGGCUGCAAUUGAGUUUGAUCAGGCUUCUGGCAUUUGCACUGGAACACCUGUAAGGAUUAGAGGGGUAAAUGUUGGCAAUGUGAUUCGUGUGAAUCCCUCAUUGAGGAAUAUUGAGGCUAUUGUUGAGAUUGAAGAUGAUAAAGUUAUAAUACCACGGAACUCGGUGGUCGAAGUCAAUCAAUCUGGUCUUCUUAUGGAAACACUCAUCGAUAUCACACCUCAAGACCCUAUUCCGGUGCCAUCAGCUGGGCCUCUUCAUGCGGGUUGUGUUAAAGAGGGUCUAAUUGUGUGUGACAGACAAAAAAUAAAGGGGCGCCAAGGGGUGAGUUUGGAUGCAUUGGUCGGAAUAUUUACUCGCAUUGGCCGUGAAGUUGAAGGAAUAGGUGUUGCGAAUACUUAUUCAUUGGCUGAACGGAUUGCUGCUGUUGUUGAAGAUGCAAGACCUUUGCUUACAAAGAUUCAAGCUCUAGCUGAAGAUGUAGAGCCUUUACUGGCUGAAGUUCAUGAUAGUGGUUUGCUGAAAGAAGUUGAGAAUUUAACCAAAAGCCUUACACGAGCUUCUGAAGAUCUGAGAAAGGUGCAAUUAUCAAUAUUAACUCCAGAGAACACAGAACUAAUUCAGAAGUCUAUCCAUACCCUCAUUUUCACAUUGAAGAACAUUGAGAAUAUAAGCUCCGAUGUAUUGGGAUUUACUGGGGAUGAAGCCACAAGAAAGAACUUGAAAUUGCUCAUUAAGUCUCUCAGCCGGCUACUAUGAAGCAAUUUUUUUUUGAUUUAGUCUGUGUGCUAUAUAUUGAAAUCAGAGGUGAGCUUAAUUCAGGUAAGAUGUUUUUGGAUGCGAGUAUGAUGGAGCUACUCUGUUUUGGGCAUUGAAAAGUAAAUGCUUGAAGAAGGAGCUGACUUGGUGUGUGUUCUUCAUGAUAGAUGUUUCCAUGUUCUUCACCAUAGAUGCUUGCUUUGGAUGUGACUUGCAGCAUAUAUACCCAUAUUGGAAGAAAGAUGCUUUGUUCUUUAAAUUGGUGAACCUUGCCAUCGUUUUGUACUCUUAGAUCAGAUGCUCUAUUUCUAGAUUACAAGAAACACAAAUAAUGAUUACCACUCAAACUCUUAUUCAUUUGUUCUACCUCAGCUCUAACUAAUACAACAUCGUUUUGGGCA